AUGUUUUUUCUUUUUUUUCCUUCUUUUUAUUUCUCUUUUCUUUUUGUUUCUAUUUCUAUUUUUCUUUUUCCUUCUUUCUUUUUUGAUUCUUUUUUAUUUCUCUUUUCUUCUUCUUUGUGGCUGCUAAUUUUUGUUUUUUUCUUUUAUCUUUUUAUUAUUUGCUCUAUAUUUCAACCUAUUAUUCUUUCUUUCUAUCAACCUAUACACUUUUCUUUCUUUCUUUCUUUCAUCCAACCCAUGUACUAUUUAUUCAUUUCCUUCCUUCCAACUUGUCUGCUUUGUAGGUUUUUUCUUUCUUUUGACCAACCUAUACAAUUUUCUUUUUUCUUUCUUUCAUUCAACCUGUCUGCUUUGUUGGUUUUUUUUCUUUUUUUGACCAACCUAUUUUUUCUUUCUUUCUUUCUUUCAUUCAACCUACUUUCAUUCAACCUGUCUGCUUUGUUGGUUUUUUUUUUUCUUUUGACCAACCUAUACAAUUUUCUUUUUUUCUUUCUUUCAUUUGUCUGCUUUGUUGGUUUUUUUUUCUUUCUUUUGACCAACCUAUUCUGCUUUGUUGUUUUUUUUCUUUUGACCAACCUAUACAAUUUUCUUUCUUUCUUUCUUUCAUUCAACCUGUCUGCUUUGUUGGUUUUUUUUUUUUUGACCAACCUAUACAAUUUUUUCUUUUUUUUCAUUUGUCUUUUGUUGGUUUUUUCUUUCUUUUGA